AUGAUUGAGAAGCGAGUCUUGCAUGGGGACCUCAGUCCUAAUAAUUUUGUUGUCUAUGACGGUAUCGGUUACUUCAUUGAUUUCGAUCACACCUCGAUUCUGGCGGAAGGCACGACUAGCACCUAUUCGCAUGGUACAGGGACCAUGCCCUAUAUUUCUAUCCGUAUUCUUCAGGCUAUGCUGGAUCUAGCCCCACUUGAGGUUGACGCCAACAUCCCAGGCCAGGAUGCUGAUCCAAACAAUGUGGACAAUUUCAAGGUGGACAACAACGUCGACCUUGUUCCGCAGGCUACCAGUGCUCUGCAGAAUGUCGACUUCGAUAUGGAUCUAAUCGAACACCGGCCCAGCGAUGACCUCGAAUCUUUAUUCUAUAUUUUCUUCGAAUUUGUUGCUAAGUAUGGGGGGCCACAUGGCCAAUUGGCACCCACCUGGUCCCGGCAGACUUUGCCGUGGGCGAGCGCUUAUGAAGCUUUGGGCAAUGCAGAUACCCAUUUGGCUCUGAGUACGAUCUGUUUCGCAAAAAUGGGGGUUUUGAUGCAAGGCAGAUUCUUGAAAUGGGGCACCAUGGUUUACGGUGCGAACGUGCCCCAAAAUCAGGUAGAGAUGACCCACUCUGGAGUCCUCCACCUACUCGAUAUAUUCAUGAGAUCUAUUGGUGAAGAACCACCUCCUUUAGGACAACUCCAGAGUCUUCAUCCCAGCACAGCAGCAUCCCAGAGUCUUCACUCCCGCACAUCAGCAUCCCAUGCCCUUCACACACCCCCAGCAGGGCCAUCUGAGCCUUCACCGUGUCGUUCUGCUCGUCUUAGCAGAUCACUAGCAGAUCCUCCAAUACCCUCUACAGCACUUUCUGAGCCUCUGUCAUCUCGUUCCCCACAAAAAAAAAAUGGACGACUUGGAGGAGGCAUUGAGAAGGUUUUAGAAUCUCGACACUUCCCGCCUUGUCACUCGAUGCCUCCGAAGAAGAGGGCCAGGCGCUCAUACGAAGUCUCCGAGGACCAGUUGAGAAAAGCUGGGGAAACCUUAGUGGCCCCAGCGAGGAAAGGUCGGAAGGAGACCAAUCUUGACAUUAGUGAUGCAGAAGAAAACCCCAUGGCUCCUUCCCAGCUCCGGAAACUGAAGAAAAAUGAUACUACUAAAAGGUCUCUGACCGGGAGCUCCAAUCUUACUCAGUGUUCCAUUGGUAUCAACAAGAAUGUCCAUCCUGGACGCCAGCGACCUAACCCAGGACACCAACACUCUGACGCAUCUCUCCGAACAGCCCCAAGCGCAGCUCAGUCUUCAGGUAGGUUUGGGUUUUGGCAGCCCACUUCGACUGGCAGUCAGAACACCCGGAAGGCGCCACGGUCUAAUGAGCGUACCUGUGAGGAGGAGGCUAGAAAUCAAGCUCCAGAGCAUGGUAUCGGUGACGACAACGACCAGGACCAGGACCAGGACCAAACUGACGGGGAAAAUGAGGAAAGGGAUGAAGUUCAGGACCAGGAGCAAACACUUGAAACAGGCGAUACCAUGGACUUCAGACAACACAAAGACGAUUUGGAUGGCAUGUACGAAGGUGAAGCUCAGGAAGAUUUCGACCAUGAGCCCGAUACUGUGGAUGAUUUUCUGAAUCAAGGUAUUGAUGGGGAUUUUGACGAUGAGCCUGGCACUCAGAGGGACGAACCUGAUGCUCAGGACAGUGGUAUUGAUGAUGAUUUCAACAAUGAGCUCAACAACGCAGCCAGAGACGAAACAGAGGAAAGUGUUUUAAUUUUUGUCUUGAGGUUAAUCUUAUCACACGCUCUUCAGGAAGCUUUUGAUGUUCUCAAGCAUCAUCAAAUGAAGAAUGGACGGUGCAAGGCUCCUUCCUGA